GAAACAUUCUGAUGCUGCUCCGUAGUCAGAACCGCUUGUGUGCCAAAAUGCGACAAGAAGCCCAAAUAUAUCAGUCGACGCGGCGCUGCAGCCAGCCACCUUUCGCCUAAGCAAACAGACACUUGCCAUUACUUUCACAGGCGCCGCCGGCCGCUGUAAAUCUCGCCAAACAAACAGAAUCUGAGCGAGGCACACGGGACAAACAGAUGGCCAGUGGACGUCACCUGAGCGCAAACAAAUGCCGCGGACCGCGCGCCGGGCCGUGCCACUGGCAGCCGACGGUCAGCCGCUCGGGGACCGGAGCCAGCCGACGGGACGCCGCCCCGGGCCAGGGCAGACCGUCGAGACCGACGGAGCAGACCGUCGAGACCGACGGGUCAGUGCGUCGGCGGCGGGGAACGGGGGCGAGUGCGGAGACUGCUGAGUGGUACGGAAAGAUGGGGCUUCACGGGGACACAAGUGUUGGUCGUAAGUUGUGACAAUCGUUAAGUGAAUGACGACAGUGGGAUGAAGCGGCGACUGGCCUCUGGGCAGCAUAACGGUCCAGAGGUGGCGAAGGGUAAAAAGACUUCGUAAUGGAAUGAUGGCAUACUUGCAUGUGACACUAGUGUCGUACCCGGCCGUCAUAAAGUCUUCCCGCUAAACAGAGCAGUGACCGCUGUCACGUGAGGUGCCGUCUAAGAAAAGUCAGUUUCAGCUCGGUCGGCGCUGUCAAUCAUGGCGUCAUCGGAAUGGCGCGGACCCGGCCGUGGAGGUCACCGCGGAGGUCACAGCGGAGGUCACAAUGGAGGUCAGCCGUCCCCCGUCCAGACUGAAUGGCGGAAGGGUAGGUCAGCGGCGUACCCGGAGCAGAGUGAGCCCCGCGCGCCACCAGCCGAGUCGUGGCACCACCAGGGCGAGUUCUCCGGGUCAUCAGGCAGGCGCACCCCUCCGAGCGACAAGUGGCACGGAGCGAGCGACAGUGCGCCGCCGGCGGGCCCCUCGGCGCCCAAGCAGCGUCCGCCGCCGCAGGUGCUCGGUCAGUCGGACCGGCCCGUGGUGUCCAACAUGUGCGAGCUGGUGCUGACGGUGAUUUCCUGGCUGAUCGUCAUGGCGUUCUUCCCGCUGUCCAUGUUCGCCUGCGUGCGCGUCGUCCAAGAGUACGAGCGUGCCAUCAUCUUCCGGCUCGGGCGGCUGCUGCCCGGCGGCGCGCAGGGCCCCGGUCUGUUCUUGAUGCUUCCCUGCCUGGACAAGUUCACCUGCGUCGACCUGCGCGUGGUCUCGUUCGACGUGGCGCCGCAGGAGAUCCUCACCAAGGACCUGGUCACCAUCUCCGUCGACGCCGUCGUCUACUUCCGCAUCUUCGAGCCGAUCGUGUCUGUGACGAAUGUGGAGAACAGCGGCUACUCGACGCGCCUGCUGGCGGCCACCACCCUGCGCACCGUGCUCGGACAGUACUCGCUCGCCGACAUCCUCUCGCAGCGCGAGAGCAUCGCCGGGCAGAUGCAGGGCGUCCUCGACGACGCCACCGACGCCUGGGGCGUCAAGGUGGAGCGGGUCGAGGUCAAGGACGUGCGCCUGCCGCAGGAGCUGCAGCGCGCCAUGGCCGCCGAGGCCGAGGCCAGCCGCGAGGCCAAGGCCAAGGUGAUCGCCGCAGAAGGUGAGAUGAAGGCGUCGCUAUCGCUGAAGAACGCCGCCGACAUCAUGUGCACGAGUCCGUCGGCGCUACAGCUGCGCUACCUGCAGACGCUCAACACCAUCUCGGCCGAGAAGAACUCCACCAUCAUCUUCCCGGUGCCGAUCGACAUUCUGGGAGGACUGAAUGGCGGAAAGUUCGGUAGGACGGCCAGGGCCGAGGUAGGCAGCCCCAGCACCAGUGGAGCCGGGACUCGUGGCGGACACAGUCGAGGGAACGGUAACGAAAGUGGCAGGUCAGGUGACGGACGGAGCGAUCCAGGAUGGGGGGACAGCGCCCCAGACGAGGGCGGUGGAGCGGAGGGAGGCGGCAACAGCGGAGGAGGAGGCGGCGUCACCACCGUAAAGACCGAAAGCUUGUUUGGUGUCCGGCCUCGACCAGGCUUUAGUGCAGCACCCGCUGGAGGACUGGGUGAAGGAACUAGCGUUGUGUUCGGUACUGGAACCAGUGUGAUGUCUGCCCCCAUCAGCACAGGAUCGCACUCCAAUGGGAGCGUAGUUACGAUAGUGCCCGGGUCUUCUGGAGUUCGGGUAUAAGAGCUGACGACACGGAUACGAAACUCUGAACUGAGGUAUUAACCGAGUUGAAUGUUCUACAAUUCCCUGGCUUUGGGGGUAAAGCCAGUUUGUGUUGGAGCUGGUUAAGGUGAUGAAUUAAAUUUCAACUAGCGAGCUGUUUAGUGAGCGAGCUGUCUCGAGAUACAGAUAGCUUCCAGCUGAAUGUAUACUCGUAUGGUCUUAGUGGUGAAUUUCUAGGGUCUAGGUUACAUUCACACACGAAUAUUCAUGAGAGUAAUCGGCUAGAAUGAUGAUAAAUCGUCCUUCACGGAUCAAUGAAUGCUAAUGAUCCAAAAUGUAAACCAUUCGGUGACGAUCAUCAAUGGAUCCUGACAGUCUGCCAGGUGCCAUCUGUCAAAAGGUGAGUAACGACAUGUGUAUCUGUCAACACUUCAUGACAGUUCGUGCGCGCGAGACUUCUGCCGCAGACGUAUCUUCUCUGUAGGUGGAGGCAUGCACUUAACCCGCAAUGCUAUUAGGAGCAUCCAACAAGCAGCUGCCAAGAAAAGCCAGCGGCUUGGCUUGAUGUAACUCGCGGCGGCGUUAACUCUGCAUCAUUUGUCGCGGAUCAGUCGGGUGCCAAACUUGUGUGCUAAGAUCACUGACGUGCCAUGGCCUUAUGACUGAGAAGAACAGCCGCUGCAGCCAGCACGCCACCGGGAUGUUUUGGAGCGUGUAGCGUCGAAAAGUGAUGGGCCGGUCAGGUCAUCUGUCUUGUCGACAGCGUCUGUGGCAGGCCGAUAGAUCAGUUGUUUCAGCUGCCAGCAUCCGCUCAGUCGUGGCACUUGCACACGCUCGUUAUGCCUGGAAGUGGCUGCCAGCGGCGCUGAUUGCUCUAUUGUUGUGCGCAUGAUGCAGUGUGGUGAGCUCCGUGGUGAAUAAUUAUUUCGUACUCCAUGACGUACGUACCUACUUCUUGUACCGUUUGCUUUGUUCAGUCUGUCGAGAGCUUGCAAUAUAAUUUCGCAAGUAAUGCGCCAUGUGAAGUAGCCGUUACGACUUGCCGUUGUUAUGUAAAUAUACCGCAAGAUGAUA